UCUAGUUUGACAUCUCAGUGCUGUCUCUGUUCUCACCACGUUGGAGAUGAACCUCGUUACAGAACGGCUGCUGUGAUGAGGUCAUUGAGAAUGGCUCCUCCUUUUCCUCUGGUCUUUCUGCUCAUGACUGCUGGAGCUUUUGGAACAAAGUGGAGUGUGAAGUACAACCAACAGAAAAUCUGUGCUUUAAAAGGAUCCACAGUGUUUAUGAAUGGAACUUUUACUCACCCAGAAGGUAUCAAAGUGACAGAGACUUUCUGGAGCAUCGACCCAGUUAAGGGGGUGGAGCCGACUGAUCUGAGUAAAGACCCAGUUUAUUCAGGCAGAGUCGAGUUUUUAACUGAUGAUCAGAAACACUUCUCCCUCAAACUGAGUGAUGUGAUGAAGAAGGAUGAACAUCAGUUCUGCUUCAGAAUCAUAACAAAUGAAGAAAAAGAAAGAUGGACAAGUGUUCCUGGAGUUCGGCUCAGAGUGACAGAGCUCCAUGUAGAAGCUCCUGAAGAAGUGAUGGAGGGAGAAACAGCAGAUCUGACAUGUAAGACCACCUGCAGUCUGACUGACCCAACAUUCAUCUGGUACAAAAACGGACGUCCUUUAACCACAAAGACCAUCAAGAACAACCAGCUCCACCUGCAGACGGUCAGCAGUGAGGAUGCAGGCAGUUAUAGCUGUGCUGUAGGAGGAUCUCAACACCUCCGCUCUACUGCUCACAGCCUCAGAGUCAGAUAUCCUCCAAAGAGGGUCUCAGUGUCCAUCAGCUCCUCUGGUGAAAUAGUGGAGGGCAGUUCAGUGACUCUGACCUGCAGCAGUGAUGGAAACCCACCUGUGAAGAUCUACACCUGGUUUAAAGAAGGUGGAACCUCACCUGUAGGAUCUGGACAGAAUUAUAGCAUUAUCAGCAUCACUGCUGACCACACUGAACUGUACUACUGUGAAGCUCAGAAUGAACACGGAGCUCAGAGGUCAGCUGGAGUGUCAGUCCCUGUUGAAGGUCAGGGUUUGUCUGCAGUGUGGAUUGCAGUGGGUGGAGGGGGAGGCUUUGUCCUUAUCAGUGUCCUAAUCUGCAUCUGGAGAAUGAACAAAAGAGCCACUAGAACUGACCACAAUAAGCCAAAACAGGAUGAUGUCCUCUACACCACCUACAGACCUGGACAGACCACUGCUGAUACUGACGCUGAUUCUGCAACUGGAGUGGCUGAUGAUGUCCAUUAUGCUACAGUCAGGAUUCAGAAUGAUAAAGUGACCAGCACUGACCAGCAGGGGGAGCCCCAAUAUGCCAGUGUUACAUUCCAGCACUACACAGCUGCCACUGGGUCACUGACUCAAACAGUGGAUGAGCCCUCAGUGAUUUACAGCACAGCAACCCACUGAGGAAUUAAAGGAGGAGAGAGAGCGAGAGAGAGACAGAGAGAGAGAGAGAGAUCCUUUGGAUUAGGGCCUCAAAUGAACUGCAAAAUAAUAAGAAAGUACAAGAACUGUGUUUAUGCUGGAGGAAGAAAAGCAGUGCAGUCUUACUGAUUACUGCUGUUGAAAGAAAACCUUGUAUCUCCAAAAUAGUAACUUUACAGGAGAAGGAAAAAAACAUGCUUU